AUCCGUGGCCGUGUGACGUUUGAACGGUCGGUGCUUACUGUUGGGAAGUUCGCUGGUCAAAGAUUGCCGGCUUCUUGAGAAUUUGAUGCGUAAGGAAACCCGCGGUGCAUGUGCAGAAUGGACGGUACGUUCUUUAAGGUGAUAAUUCGCGACGACAAAUGGGAUGUGCGGACCGAGGCCAAACGGUUUGGCAUGCUGUACCAGCUGUUCAUCGACCACAAAAAGCCCAAGGAAGUUUUCAUCAAGUACAAGAGCGCCAGGGAUGCAGAAAAGGCGAAGCGUAGCUUGGCAAUGAACGAGAAUGUGAGCCGAGUGGAAGAGAUGGAGAAAUGGGACAUAAAGCCAAAGAAAGUUCCGGAGAAAAAGCUUCCGGAUAUGAACGGUUCCGGAUCGGGCUUAUCGGAUAGAAAUGCGCAGCAUAGAGCCCCGGCUAACAGUAGCGCCGCAGGAAUCGGUGGUGGCCUGAUCGAACCGAUACCGUUGAUGCUGGGCAUGUUUAACGCGUGCACUAGCUGUCGAAAGGGUGGCGCCUCAUUCCAAUGUUUUGUGUGCGGUGCGUUCUACUGCGGAGAACCUUGCCAAAGGGCCGACUGGCCCGGGCACAUAGUCCAAUGCUUGCCGCGCUUGGUCCGGAUCCAUAAUGGUUACGUGCCGAAUGAAGCACAUUCGAUGCCGUUCGCUCCACCAUCAAUGAUGCAAACGCACGGCACCAAUAACAACCACACGAAGCAGAAUGUAUUAAACAAGCAACCUGAAUGGCAGCAGAAUCGACCUGCCAAGGAGGUCGAAAAAAGCCCGUCCAAACCAACCACCGAACCAAAGCAGAACCGGGACAGAGCCUUGGACAACGUAACGCCGGUCUGUAGCGUACCGACCAACGUGCUAAAGAAUUUGGCUCUAAAGCGUCACCAGGAAGCUUCCACGUCGAAACAGAACAUCGCUGCUGCUACUGCAAAGCCCGAAACAUCCACCUCCAAGAUCGAAGCAAUCACUGUCACAAAGGAAAAUGUGUCCAAGCUGACGAAGCGAGCGCAACAGAAGGCGACAGGUCCGGCGAAGCGUACGAUCCAGUACAGCACAUUUCCGCCCGCGGGCGAGUGCGUGAAAAUCUCGUACGUCGCCGACAACGUGCUGUUCGUGUAUCGCAGUGGCCAGGAAGCGAACGGUCAACCGAACCGGUACCUUGACCUGAUCAAGCGCUCGGUCGAAUGUGCGCGUGGCGUGCAGCAGUUCCUGGCGGACGCACCGAAGCCCUGCGAUGUGGUGUUUGCACCGUUCGAUGGUGACCAUUACCGGGCGGUGGUAAAGGCAGUCGAUGGGCCGAUGGCGUCCGUGUUUUAUCCCGACUUUGGUAACACGCAAACGGUCGAAUGGAAUCAAAUGAAGGAGAUACCGGAUAGGGAGAUACAGUACAGCACGUGCUACACCCACCCGGUUAUGAUAGAAGGCGUGGCCGAUUUUUCGCCGCUGGUGAAACAGCACCUGGAGGAGUUGCUAGAGAUGGAAGAUUUUGAGCUGGUGAAGGUGGAUAAUGAAAAACCGAUCACGACGGUUGAAAUGCGCCACGUGCAGGAGCUGUAUCUGUUGAGCGAAACGCUGAAGGAACUUGCCAAAAAGGAAACCGAGAAGGAAAGUGGCGCAGCAGCACCGUCAGCAAAAGCAACGGACAACGAAAAGCAACCCAGUUUGGAUCCACCCACUUCGUACGUUCCCGUUACCGGCGAAGAUUUCACAGAACAUGACCUACCGCUGGGUGAAGACGUUCAGCUGUUGGUAGUGGAAGCGUCCGAUCUGAACGUUUCCAACCAACUGUCCGUAGUGCUCAAGUCGGACAGCUUGGAAUUUGCCAAAAUGAUGAACGAAUGCGACCAGUGUGGAAAUAAGGAUCCGCAUCCGUAUCAGCCGACGGGGGAAAAUGAAGUGUUUCUGGUCCAUUUUGACGGUUGCUGGUGCCGGGCGCUGUUGGCCGGUGUCGGAGAAGAGGCGCUGUACUAUCUGCUCGAUCUCGGCAUCAUUCGGGCCCUGGAAGAGAAGCCCAAUUGUCGCCGAUAUCCUGCCGGAUUGACACGCAAAAUCUUCGUCAGCGAAUGUAUUGUUGACAAUCUUGAAGCGUUGGGUGAGCUGGCCAAAGAGGAAAACAAUGAUUCGCUGCGAGGAAAGACACUGAUCGCUAAGGUUUACCAGAACACGGACGACGACGGUGAGACGAUGCACGUGACGAUCCAUUCCAUUAAUUGAUCCGUUUCGAUCGCAAUCUCCUUCAACUGCGCCAUGCCUUGCUGUGGCAUAACAUUUUUCUACGUUUUCUUUUCAUAGUUUAAGCAUACUCAUUUCACUUCACUUUGGCUCUCAAGCGUUUAGCAACAUGCUCGAAUCAUGUCUGCAUCGUUUCGUUAUUUUUUACGUAUUACUUUUGCCGCUGCUAGGAGGGUGGUAAUGCUAGAUAUUAAAUGCACCUUACGAAUGACAACGGAGUUGUUAGCCUUUUGCCAUGUGUGUUAGAGCUGGAAAGCAGUACUGACGCAACAGCAACAGUGCUUCCAAACGCGAAGCGCACGUUUUAUAUACUCACCCCCUCUACCCCGUGUAAGAAGGUGAUACUAUUGACACAGCCGUUUCCAGCGAUGGUUCAGAACCAUUCCUACUACCAGCGCUUUGGGGGAAAAGUUUAAAAUAAAGAAAACAUUCGCUACUGAACUUCGAAAA